AUGUUCUAUGCGCAGUUUGUGCUUGCCAAGAAGGGACCAUUGUCUAAAAUCUGGUUGGCAGCACAUUGGGAGAAAAAACUGACAAAAGCGCAAAUUUUCGAAACCGAUGUGGAGCGCGCAGUUGAAGAGGUUAUUAAACCAAAAGUGAAAAUGGCAUUGCGAACUGUUGGACAUUUAUUGUUGGGAAUUGUUCGGAUUUAUUCGAAGAAAACGAGAUAUUUGUUAGCUGAUACCAACGAAGCUUUUAUAAAGGUAAAAUUAUCUCAAAAACUGUUCUAUAUCUUCAAAAUUGAUUUUGCAGAUGCGAUUGAAUUUUCGAAACGGAAUUCAAUUGGAAUUAGAUAACUUUGAAAUACGCGAUGAUUUGAAUUGUGAUGAAAUGGAUGCUUGUGACGAAAUCAAUAUGACAAUUCCCGAAUUCAUGGAUUUUGAAUUAGACGAGCGAUUGUUGCAGGCAAACUUAAGUCGAUUGGAGGACAUCACAUUGAAAGAUGAUUCUGAUUUGAAUGUUCAAUUCGAAAAAUUGAAAGCUGCUGAGAAUUUUAAGAACUUUGCCAAGGAAUUUGAAGAUUUCGGCGAUUUCGAUGUUUAUGGAUCGUAUCACACUUCUUCAGCUCCAACACCAGUUCCAGAAACUUUCGAAGAAAUUCGUCGUGUGAAUGAUUCAAAUGUUUCGAAUAUUGAUGUGAUGUAGGUGUCAUUUGAACAAAAAAAUAUCAAAAAAAGUGUUUUACCUUUCUUUUUUAGGCCAGGCAACAAUACUGUGAUUGAUCUCUCAUCCGGAAUGCCUUUAAAUAUAACAAAUCAAGGAGAAGAUCAAAAUGCACCAAUUAUUGGAGAUGAUCUUUUCAGUUCAAUGAUUGAUGUUGCACCACAACAAACUGCUCCUGGAGAAGAGUUUGAACGUGUGUAAAAUUCUGGUAUUCAAUUCAAAAUGACUAAUUUCAGAUAUGGAAAUAGAUCACGCUGAUAAUGAUAUUGAAAACAAUAAUCCACAAGAAAACGAUGAUGGUCGAGGAAGUUUUGCAUUAGAUCCUUUGAAUUUGAGUCAUAUGGAAGGAAAACGAAACAAGAAAAAUCGAAGAGUUCGAAAAUUAAUUGUGGAUGAUAUUACAAAUAUUGAUAAUGAUGCGCUCAAGGAACAACUCGAAGAUUUUAGGUAUAAUGUGAUUCACGAAAGAAAAAAAAACGUUUUUUACCGUUAGAAAACCUGAAAAUUGAUUCACGAACGGUAUUUUUAUUCAUUUUUCACCAUUUUCUCAACACAUUCCCAACUGAAUAAAGUGAAGCUAAAACUUUAAUGUCCAGACACACCUCGGUCAUCAUCGUAGUUUCCAAAAAUCAAAAUUGUAUUCUGAAGUUUUGGGUGUGGAAAUUGUAAACUUAUCAGAUCAGCAUAGAAUGUUUGACUCAUAAAAAAACUCUAAAGGCAUGAGCGGAAGAAUGGUUUGAUUAAAAUCACAAAUUUCGAUUUUUUAGAAUUCAAAUAGUUUUUUAUGAGUUAAACAUUCUAUGCUAAUCUGAUAAGUUUACAAUUUCCAUACCCAAAACUUCAGAAUACAAUUUUGACUUUUAGGAACCACGAUGAUGGCCGAGGUGUGUUUGGACACUAAAGUUUUAGCUUCACUUUAUUCAGUGUGUUGAGAAAAUGGUGAAAAAAUGAAUAAAAAUACCGUUCAUGAAUUAAUUUUUUGGUUUUUUAACGUUAAAAAAACUCAAAAUUUUCAGUGACAUAAUGGCAACUCUGAAUGUAGCGCCUCCAUCAAAAAAGAUGAUGAAAAUGCGAAUAACUGGCGAUAUGCAAUAUUUAACUGAAACACCUGGAAUGAAUAUGUAUAAUAGUGAACUAUUGAAUUAUUAUAAAUCGAAUCUAGUUCCAUGUUCAUAUAAACCAACAACCCCUUUUGAUGAAGAUGAAUCAACGUCUUCUAGUAGACAAUCGCAACCUUGGGAAGAUUUGGAAUUGAAUGAUGAUAUUUGUGUUGAUUUUGGUAAUGAUGAACAACAACGACCUGUAAGUACUUUUGUGUUAUCAAUUUGUCCUAUUUUUUUUACAAAAUAAAAAAAAACUUUUAGGAUUCUCGUCUCAAUGAUUUCGAUGAUAUUGCACCAAUUGGUGAUAUAAUACAAAAUGGAACUUUGGAAGUGUCAAUGCAAGAAAAUUCACUUUUGCCUGGAAAUUUCGAUGAUGUUGGUGGAUUCGGUUUCAUCAUGAAUAACAAGGAGAAUCAGGAGGAUUACCCAGAUCCAUUUUCGAAUUCAAGUCAAAGAGGAAAACUGGAAGCUUAUGGAUUUGGAAGUGCUGCAAAACAGGCGAUUUAUAAUGAUAGUAAAUGGGUGAAAAGAUCGAAUCAAAUUCUGAAAAAGAUUUCGAAUGAAUUAGAGAAUGGUGAAAAAGUGGAAUUUUCGACGAUUGUUGCAGGGGUGAAGGAUAGAAAACAGGCUGCAGAACAAUUUUAUUCGUUGUUAUCUUUGGCAAAAUCACAAGCUAUUAGUGUAGGUUUUUAAAUAUUAUCGAAAAUCCCACCACGCGCUCCACCGAAAUAAACAGGCAACGCAGACCGCGCCGCGCCACAACACACAAAUAAGGGAGGGAAUUUGAAUCGUUCUCUUAUUUGUGUGUGUGUGUUGUGGCGCGACGCGGUCUGCGUUGCGUGUUUAUUUCGGUGGAGCGCUGCGAAAAUCACUAUAAUCAAUAAUUCAGGUUGAUCAAGCUGAGCCCUUCGGUGAAAUUCUCAUCACAACAGGCGAUGCUUUCAUCUCAGCCCUCGAAUCGGCCAACAAAACAGUCAAUAAAUCUCCUCGCCCUCAAACUCGCACACCACUUCGCGCAAUUUAA